AUGGCUGAAAACGACAAUACAGCAGAUAGAGCUAGAGCCGUGAGAGCUGAGAAGCAGGUGGAGCGACUAGAAAGAGAACUUGAAUUGAUAAAAUCUCGGCUCAAGAAACCAAAUGGCUCUGCUGGUUCAAGUUCGCCCAACAUGAUGAUGCGAGAAUCAGACAAAGUCAACUUUCAGCUACAGGAACAAGUAAAAGAUCUAAAAUACCAGUUGAAGCACCAGACAGCAGAACUUUCGAAGCUGCAAGAGACAUUCGCUACCAAAACAAACGAAUAUGAGGACAAGCUGAAAAGAAUGCGAGAGAUCUUUGGACAAGCAUCCAAGAACAUUGACAAUUAUCGAGCAAGCAUUGCUUCCAAAGAUGUUGAAAUUGGCAAAUUAAAGUUGGAAUUAGAAGAGUGCCAGCAAAGAGAACAAUCCUACAAAUCAACUUGCGAAUCACAACGAUUCACCAUCGACAAGUUGAAUACUGAACUCACAAGCACAAAGACAUUUUAUGGAACUGAAAUCAAGCAACUGGAAGCUAGAAACCGACAGAUUUCUGUUCAACUCGAGCAAACCAAGAGCAAUUACGAACAAUACAAGAAGAGAGCUCAUAUUUUGUUGGAAAAAAACAAGGAAAAACAGAGCGAUGCCAGUCGAGUGAAUCAACUGCAAGACCUUGUUGAGCAACUGCAAAAUCAAAAGAACAAAUACGAGAAUGAACAGCAUGAAAAGGCAGAGCAGCAGUUACUGCUGGAACAUGACCUCAGAAAGGCGAUUGAUCGAAUCAAUGAAUUGGAAUCAAUCCAGCAUGUCCUUUCCAAAAAGGACACAAGCUUUUCAGCCGAGAAGAGGGCUCUAGAAACAAAACUACAAGCCAUGACUAAACAAUUCCAUCAAACAUCCCAACAAUUGACGGUAUUGCAGACCAAAUACGAUGAGCAAAUAAAGCUCUCUGCAAAUAGCUUAGAGCCAUUGAAAUUGCGUUUGCAAGAAUUGCAGGAAUCGAACGAUUCACUCUAUCAGCAAAUCCUGAUGAAGGAUAACGAAAUUGAAAAGCUCAUCAUAUCCACGCCCACCUCUCCACCUCCAACUGAUGAAGUAGCCGAAUUGCCUCCUCAACAAAAGCCCCAGCAACAACCACCAUCGGCAACAACGCCACCCCUCGCAGCACAACAGCAAGCACCACCACAGCCGGUAGUAUCGGAUGUGUAUGCCUCCAUGAGCUCUUUACUUUCGCCUCUUGUGUCACGUCAAAUACCGGAUGAACGGAUUGGAUUGGAAAAACAGGUUCAAAGACUAAGCGAAAUGUUGCAUGAGAGCCAAGAUAAGAUCACUGCACUCCAAACGCAAGAAAAGGUGCUCAAAGAUGAAUUGAGAAAAAUGGAUGCCUUUGAGAAACGCCAAGAUAUGAAUGUAGAGUACCUGAAGAACGUGCUUGUCAAGUUCCUCAUGUCUGAAAACAAGCAGACAAUGGUACCGAUUCUUGCUAAACUGCUAUGCUUGGAUGAAACCGAAACAAAUAGUCUAAUGGAAAACUGCAUGUAA